AUGGUCCUGCCUCGCGCUCACAAGAGAUCUGCCUCGGAUCAGACUGGAACCAUGCCGUUCCACAACAACAAGCAGAGCGGCGGCUCCCCCCGCUACGCCUUCCGCAACAAGGCCUCGUCCCAGGGCUUCUCGCCUCUCAAGUCGUCGUCGUCGGCGGGUCGCAAGGCCAAGGCCGUCAAGCUUCCCAAGCACGUUCCCCAGACCUGGAACACCAACGCCGACAAGGACGGCUCGGGUGACGACGAGGCUCCUGUCAAGGCCUUCACUCCUGCUUUGAAGCCGCUUCCCGUUGCUCCUGCUGAGCUGAUGGAGCGUAUCACCAGCGAGCCCCUUGCUCCUAUCGCUGACGAUGAUGAUAACGUCGAGUCGACCACCGCCCAGGCUUCGACCGUCUCUGAGCCUUCCGCUGAGAGAUACAUCACCUCGACUGCUACUGCUACUCCUGCCUCCGCGGCUACUGUCUCUAUCGCUGGUGGCGCUGCUGCUCAUGGCGCUGCUGCUCGUGCCUCCGCGUCUCUUGCGAUCCCGGCUCCUGCCACUGGAAUCGGUGCCGCCACGGAUGGCUUUCCUCGUUACAGACGCCCUGCUCACAUGGACGCUCCUAUGCCUACUCCUCCCGAUGAGCCCGCCCAGAACGCCAACGGUCCUCCUGCUAUUAACCCUGUUGCUGGCCCUAUCCUGAACUACUCCAAUGUUCAGAGACAGCCCCUUACUCUGCCGCGCAUCGCCAGAACCUACGACUACUGGACCCGUCUCACCCUUGACGGCGCCACCGUCGAGGCUCCCAAGCUCCCCGGCUGCGGCCCCUGGGAGAUCCCCCUGCCUCCCAACAUGGACACCCGCGUUCACGUCGACAACAACGCCAGCCUCGUCUUCCACUACCUCGGAGUCCACGUCACCUCCAAGCGCUACCCCCCUGUCAUCAAGAUCGACCUCUACCCCGCCCAGAGGAUUCAGGAGACCGUCACCCCCUUCAUCAUCGAGGACCAUGCCGCCUGCCGCUGGAGAGCCUGGAAGAUCAUCUUCGACUGGGCCGAGCAGCUCAAGAUCCACGGCAGCGCCCCGGCGAACCCCCCUCUCGACAUUCUCACCUUCAUCCGCAACAGAGCCCACCAGACCGGUCGCUUGGCCAGGGACUCGGCUCUCAGAGCCAUCGAGGGUCAUCAGCAGAGUCCUAUGUUCGGAGGCCUGGCCAUCUGGCAGCUUCCCGCGCGCACCCAUGUCGUGUACUACCCCAAUGAGGCCGCCGCUGCGCGCCCCAACCCCGUUCGUCCCAACAUCGCCCAGGGCCAGGCGGACAAGAAGCCCGCCCCUGCCAACAACGCCGGUGCCAACAACGCGCAGAAGAAGCCGGCCACCAAGAAGGCCGCUGCUCCCAAGGCUGCGGCUUCCAAGACCGUGGCUCCCAAGAUCGAGCCUGGCACUGCUGGCGCCAAGCGCCAGGGACCUGUCAUCAACAUCUCGAGCGACUCCGAGGAGGAGGAGGAGGAGGAGCAGCCUCAGCCCAAGAAGCGUCGUCAGGCCAAGUGA